AUGGCUCCUCGUAAAAUAGUCCGCGAAAAAUGCUCAAACUGCGGUCGUUUCAAGGCGACCGGCAAACCUUGUGCUAACUGUGCAACCCGUCAGGCUGCGUCGUCGGUAGUUAAACCGACGGGAACCACCGUGGUUCCCGUACCACAAGGCACCCAAGUCCGUGGUGGAACAGUUGGGUCGCCACAACCAUCGUGCCAUUCAUUGCAGCCCCAAGCGCAGCCACCACUCCAGCAACCAGCGCAACCAGAAUCACAAGAAAUGGGAAUGGCAGCAGACUCAUCAGAGCCG